AUGCCCUGGUUCUGGUCCACCGCCUCCUGCGACGAGUCCGCUUGCGCCGCCGUAGACCCCAACGCACCGUCGACCGUCGGCCUGCUCUUCUCGCUGCUGCCCUUCCUCCUCACCUUCGCCGCCGUCGCCGUCUUCGCGAGCCAGACCAUCUUCCCCAAACUCGCCAGGGUCCACGACGCCCACGACGGGGAGGACCACUACCUCCCCUCCCACGCCCCGCCGAGCCUCCGCCAGGCCCACGCCGAACACGGACAAAAGAGCGCGCGGCGGCGCGUCGCGGCCGCUGUGUUUAGUGUUACGAUUGCGCUGGCGACGGUGCUGGGCGAGUUGAUACUGAGCGAGAUUUCGGAUUUGGUGAGCAGGCGCGCGAGGGAGGUCGGGUUGCGGGUUACGGUGCCGACGUUGCUUGUGCUGCUUGUGGGUGUCAUUCCGUUUCUCGAGAUCCAGAGCGUGGUCUCGGGCGCCGGGUGGAAGUUUCAGCGGAAUAAUAAGGGGAGGAUACCGAGGUUCGCGUGGGCUGUGCAGAUGCUCGUUUUCGGGGGGUGGGUGUUUGCGUUUUGGAGCCUGGGCGGGUUGGUUGGGCUUGAUAAGACGGCGACGGCGGGCGGCGGGGUGCUGCGCGCUUGUCUGGAGAGGAUCGGCGUUAUCGGGAUCUCGCUGAUGGCGAUGCUGAGCGGGUUCGCGGCGGUGUCGAGCCCGUGGCAUACCCUCGGCGCGGUGUCGGAACGGAGAAAGAGGCCCGUUACGGAGGCGGAUGUUUCGAGAAAGGAGGCCGGGCUGGAUGCCACCAACGAGAUGCUCCUCACGAAACGACACCGGCUUCAGGCGCUGGAGCGGAAGGCGGCCGAGGCGCAGUCGGGCGGGUCUUCGAGUUCGGGGGCCGGCGGCGGCGGGUUCAUGGGCAAGAUGCUCGGCGCCGUGAGGGGCAUGGGCGGCGGCGACGAGGCCGAGAUGCGCGCCCUGCGGCUGGAGAUUACGGGCCUCGAGACGAUGGAGGCGAACUUGCAUUCCUCGCUGGGGGUGAUGCGCUCGCGCCGGGCAGCGGACGCGCGCGCGGCGACGACGAUUGGGAAAGUGCUCGCCGUCCCGCACUACGUCUUUUCGCUGUACUGCCUCUACCGCAUCCUGGCGACGACGCUGGCGACGCUGCGGAGGGCGUAUUACCCUUCUUCGAGCUUCAGCUCCUCGGACCCGAUCAACCGGUUCCUCGGCCUGCUGGCGCGGCACUGGGACCCUUCGCUGGACCAGAUUGCGUGGGCGCGGCAGAUUAGUUUCCUGUUGUCGGGUGUCAUGCUCGCGGCGAGCGCCAACAGCGUGCUGCAGACGUUCCACCUGUUCUCCAAGUGGAUGCCGGGGUUGCUGUACCAGGCGCAGGCGAACUUGGCGCUCAUGAUUGGGCAGAUCACGGCCGUGUAUGUGAUUUCGGCGGCGCUGUUGUUGAGGAGCAAUUUGCCGCGGGAGAUGGGCAGCGCGGUGGGGGAUGCGUUGGCGGGCGCGCUGGAGCCGCGGUUUGUGGAUUGGUGGUUUGAGGGGUGGUUUUUGGCGAGUUGUGGUGUUACCGGGCUGGGGGUGUGGAUUUCGAGGAGGAUUGGGAGGGAGGAGUGGGAUGAGUUUGGGGCGGAGGAGAUGGGUGCCAAGAGGAUGUAG